ACUGUGAUUCCUCCCACGUGGAUACCUUCUUUGUCAGCAUACAACAGGGGUAUAAUAAACUCUUUUAUUUUGAUGAAAUGGCGGAUGUCCAAGCCUACAAACCAAUGUACAAGGUUAGACCGUAUUUUGUCAUCAAGAAAGUGAGACUACCGGACUGCAUGUAUCUACUAAAACCACUUCACAAGCUACCCUCACUUAGAGGAGAGGAAGAGAAACUCGAUACUGAGAGGGCAUUGGAUAGUCUGGAGUAUCGACAGGAAAGCAUCAUGUCUCGUAUCAAGGACUUACAAGAAAAUAUAAAGGCGACUGGUGAGAAGCUGGGACUCUCACCUGAUGAAUUACAGCGAUCAGUAGAGUCACACAUGCCUUCAAACACUCCACUAGAUGUUGUCAUAAAGUGUUCCCCAACUGAUCCUCCAUACUCUCUCCUUGCUCUAUGUCGUCACAUCAAGAAGCCAAUGGCCCUGAAAUCAUUUGCCCAUUCUACUGGUCUGUCUUCCCCAUCUCCUGCCCUCUUGUCUUUGUUCAACAUGUCUAACACUGACAAAGAUCCCGUGGCACUUAAAAUAACAAUAAUAUGGAAAGAAGAGCCACAGCCUGUUAUGGUGGUCUCCCCUGGUCAACAAAUCCCUGUUGAAGGUCUCGCCAACAUCUCUCGCUAUCUAUCUCGUCAAUUUUGUCCCAAUCUAUACGAGUCUCUGCCACCAUUGACUGCUAGUCAGAUUGACUCCUGGUUGGACUCCCUCUCUACCUACGUGCAUGGAAACGCAAAAGAGAAAGCAUCAGUUCUGCGCUCACUCAACGCAACACUUGGCACAAGCUCAUACUUGGUUGGUGAUGUCCCUACACUGUGUGAUAUUGUCCUUUGCCCGGUGAUCAGAGCUGGUUCCAAACUCGGUAAUAAUGUCAAGGCCUGGGUGAAGAGGUGUGAUGCUACGCUAAAGAUUGACGAAUGCAUACCAGAAGGUCUCGUUUGAUAAAGACGUCACGAACUCUCUAAUAAUGUUAUGAUGAUAAUGAUAUUUUCGCUAAUCACUGUUUUCUCUCUUGUUUUAUAGUGUUUUAUCUGGUGUUUCUAUUUUAGUUACAAUUAGAU